AUGGCCAGCGGGUACGAGACAGGGCGGGCAUUGACCGCCAUCGCGACGAAGGCAAACACGGUGACCGCUUACCUCCAAGAACUGUUCCAGCUCAGGCUCUUCAAGCCGAAGCAAGGGCGCUACGCCCGGCAGUGGACGUUGAUCGCAAUCGGCGUCGUGCUGGCGUCAGGCGCCUGGUCGCUGCGGAAUUGGCUUGAAGGAGAGGGGUUCGGCGACAACGUAUCGAUCGGCGUCCCCUUGGCCUUCCUGGCCGUUACGGGCUGGGCGGCGUUCCGCUUGAUCCAGUUCCCCAAGUUCGCCGAGUUCCUCAUCGCCGUCGAGGCGGAGAUGGGCAAGGUGAGCUGGCCGACUCAGAAUGAGUUGUUCAAGGCGUCGGGCGUUGUGAUCUUCGUGAUCUUCGGCCUAGCGGCGCUGCUGUUUCUGUACGACUGGAUCCUGAAGUGGGUGCUGUCGGGGCAGAUGCUUACGGUUACGUUGAGCGACGAAACGCUACCUACCGACUCCAAGCAGCCCGAAGCCGUGGACGAAACGUCCGCUGCCGCUGAUGGCGGCUUGCCGGAUGCCGAUGCGGUCGACACGACGCCCGUUGAAGAGGCGGCCCCGGACGAAGCGGCCCUGGCGAAGGCGGCGUUGAUCCGCGAGCUCGACGAGCUCGAGGCUCAGAUGGACGACGACGAGCCUGUCGAGGAGGCCCCCGCCGGGCCCAUCGAGGAGCUCGGCGCCGGCGAGUUCGACGAGGAUAUCCAGCUUGAGUGGUACAUCCUCAAGGUGCAGAGUAACCGCGAGCGGACCGCGUCGGACGCGCUAAGGCGGAAGGUGGCCAUCGAGGGGAUCGACCGCUAUUUCGGCGAGAUCAUCGUCCCGACCGAGAAGGUCACGGAGUUCAAGAGCGGCAAGAAGAAGACCGUCGAACGAAAGAUCUGGCCGGGCUAUAUCGCCGUCCAGAUGCACGUCAACGACGACACGUGGUUCGCGAUCCGCGAGACGUCGGGCAUCGGUGACUUUACGGGGGCGGCCGGCAAGCCGAUUCCGAUGAGCCCGGCCGACAUCGCUAAGAUCCUGCCCAAGGACGAGGGCGAGCAGGGCGAAGACGACGCGCCAAAGCUGAACAUCAAGUUCGCCGAAGGCGACAAGGUGAAGGUCAUCGACGGAAACUUCGAGAACUUCGAGGGCGACGUCGACACGAUCGAUCAGCAGAGUGGCAAGAUCACGGUAAUGAUCAGCAUUUUCGGCCGUUCGACGCCCGUCGAACUGGAAUACUGGCAGGAAGAAUCAAAGAUGGCGAAGCAAUUAGUCGGACAAGCGAAGUUCCAGAUCCCGGGCGGGCAGGCCACGCCGGCGCCGCCGGUUGGUACGGCGCUCGGUAAGUACGGCGUGAACCUCGGCCAGUUCGUGCAGGCGUUCAACGACGCCACGCGCGAAGCAAACGGGAUGAUGAUCCCGGUCGUGGUGAGCGUUUACAACGACCGCUCGUUCGAGUUUAUCACCAAGAGCCCCCCCGCAGCCGUGCUGCUGAAGAAGACGGCCGGCUUGGCCAAGGGGUCCGGCGUGCCGAACAAGACCAAGGUCGGCAAGGUGACCCAGGCCCAGCUGGAGGACAUCGCCAAGAUGAAGAUGAACGACCUCAACGCCCGCGACCUGGAGCACGCGGCCUUUCACCCGUCACCGGGGAGUGAAGCAGCGAUGCCUAAAGUAAGUAAGCGGUUGAAGUCCGCUAAUAAGAAGCGGCCGGCCGACGCGCUGCCGCUCAGCGAAGCGGUCGCGACUCUGAAGAGCUUCGACGCCGCGAAGUUCGACCAGUCGGUCGAGGUGGCGAUGCGUCUAGGCGUCGACCACACGCAAGCGGAUCAGAUUGUCCGCGGCUCGAUCGUGCUGCCUAACGGCAUCGGCAAGGUUCAGCGGAUCGUCGUGUUCGCGAAGGGCCCCGCCGCGAAAGCGGCCGAGGCAGCCGGCGCCGACCAUGUCGGUGAUGACGAGCUAGCGAAGAGGAUCAUGGACGGCUGGACGGACUUCGACGUUUGUAUCGCCACCCCCGACAUGAUGAAGACCAUCAGCCCGCUGGGUCGGGUGCUUGGCCCGCGUGGUUUGAUGCCAUCGCCCCGUGCCGGCACGGUGACGCCCGAUCCGGCCACCGUUGUUAAUGAAUACAAGGCCGGUAAGGUCGAGUUCCGCAAUGACAAGGGCGGGAACGUCCAGGCGAUUGUCGGCAAGCUGAGUUUCGACAACGACAAGCUCGCCGCCAACAUCGCCGCCUUCGUCGAUAAGGUCGUCGCCAUGAAGCCGUCGGCGGUAAAGGGCAUCUACGUCAAGAGUGUUUACAUCUCGGCGACGAUGCCCCUCGCCAUGAGCAAGUACGUCAAAGAGUUGAUGACCGACGACCUCGCGUCCAAGUGGGACGGCGUCGGCGAGCUGAUGCUCGUGAGCAUGGUCGGCAUGGAAGCCAACGACACGGUGGCUUUGCGCAAGCGGCUUCGUGAUAAGAACAUCCAGAUGAUGGUGGUCAAGAACAGCUUGGCCCGGCGUGCGACCGAAGGGACCACGCUGGCGCCGGCGUUCGAGGGCGCGAAGGGCGCUCAAGCCGUCGUCUGGGGCGCCGAGGAUGUCGUGGCCCUGGCCAAGGAAGUGAUGGCGGUCGCCGAGACGCCGCAAUUCAAGCUGUUCGCCCCGACCGGCGGCGUGCUCGACGGCUCGAAGCUGUCCGCCGACGACGUGAAGGCCGUCAGCAAGUGGCCGAGCCGCGCCGAGAUGCUGAGCAUCAUUUCGGGCCAGAUCAUGGGCCCGGCGAUGACGCUGUCCGCUCAGCUGCUCGGCCCAGCGAAGAUGCUCGCCAGCCAAAUCAAACAGAAGGGCGACGAAGAGGGUGGCGAGGUGGCGUGGCGGCGAAGAAUGAAUGACCGGCUCGGCUUGUGGCGCAGCCUCAGCAGCGAUUGCCACAUCCGGACGACGAGAGAGAUGGGCGACAAGAUCGUCGGUCUGACCCUGAAGGAAGCCAAGGAGCUGAGCGACUACCUGAAGGAAGUCCACGGCAUCGAGCCGGCCGCUGGUGGCGGCGCGGUGGUGAUGGCCGCUCCUGCCGAUGGUGGUGGCGCCGCCCCCGCUGAGGAGCAGACCGAAUUCGAC